UUUGUGGCAGAGUAGCUGGGAGGAGAGAGGAUCAGUCAUUACAGCUUCUGCCAGGAGACAGAACAAAAGCCUUCUCAUCCCCGGCAGAAUGGAGCAAGCGGGGGACUUCUCCAUGACCAUCCCCCUGAUAGUCACGGCUUUAGCCGUCAUCCUCGCCACCCUCAUAGUCAAACUCCGUUCUGCCAAGGAGAAGACGCCAACUGAGACUGCUGCCCAAGUGGAGGAGACCCUGGCAGAAGAACCUUCGGAGACCGAGGAGAUAGACAAAGAGGAACCUAUAGCAGAAGACGAAGCGGGCGAGAGGACGGAGAGUGACGGGGCCAUCUCGGUGGAAGAAGUUGGCGCGGUCGAGGAGCCGCCACCGCCACCAGCCAAGGAACACGAGACCCAAGUAGAAGAGUGCGCUGCCAAGGAGAGGACCGCUUCAAGUCACUCGAGCCAAGAAGAAGAGGAGGACAGUAAGGAAGAAGACUUUGAAACGGAAAGCGAUAAGGUUUUAAAGAUCAGUGAAGCAGAUGAUGCAGACGAUGAGACGUUAUUCUUUAAAUACUUACCAGGGAAGCUGCGGGGAAGCGAUUUCGAGAAAAUGCUAACAAAGGACGAGUUAGAGGAGGAGCAGAGGGUUCAGAGGGAACAACUGGGUGCCAUCUUUAAGGUGAUGGAAAGCAACCAAGAAACCUUUGGAGCAUUGUCGGAAGGAGACAUGAAGGAGCAGCUGAGACUAUACAACAUGUAGUGUCCUCUGUUGGUCAGAGCCGUGCGAAAUACGCAACGUGUCCUCCGACUGGCUGUAAUAGAGAGUGUCGUGACGUUUUAGGCGUGACUGAGAGGCAGUGAUGCUUCCCGCAAUGUAGUGCUGCCAGCAAAGAGAGGGUUGGUACGUUGGAUACAUAGUGCAAUAUCUCCACUUCUACUGGAUGCCCCGGUUUCCCUUAUCAUAGAGUAACAUAUAUAUAUAUAUAUAUAUAUAUAGAUAGAUAUAUAUAUAUAGAUAUAUCAUGGUGUUGCUGUCAUUCCUCAAGAGCUAAAACUACAAUUUCAUUGGGAGAUGAAUAAGGCUGCUCAAUAAGUAACUAGUGGAGUCGUUCUUCACCGCUUGUCCUACAGCUUACAAAGUCAUUUGGUACACAAGAGUAAUUUUUAAAGAGGAGCCAGACACUCUUUACCUUAUAAACCUUACACUAAACCUUAUAUAUUGGGUUAUAGUGCAGAUGAAAAGCAUUUAGAGGGGUCACUUACUUAAAUCCGUUCAGUAUAUGCAGAGUUCUGGCUCUGUAGUUUUCAGCAAAAUUGCGCUCCAGUGUCCAUUGGAGGCAGGGAACUGGCUCAGCCAGCUCUCUUGCCUCUUCCAUAUUCUCUGUCAGACCCUCCCCCUUAAUUAAUAUGCUAAUGAAUGCCGCGGGUGAGCACUCACCGUUGUCCUUCUUUAGCAUAAUAAUGAUAGGGCAGAUGGAGAAUAUGGAGGAGGCAGGGGAGCUGGGCCAGCCAGCUUCCUGCCUCCGAUGCGCACUGGAGCGCAAUGCAGCAGGGAGAUUAUAGUGCCAGACCUUUGCAUAUACUAAACAGAUUAAAGUAAGUGACCCCACUUUGUAAAGCUGUUCAUCCACACUAUAUUAGGUUUACUACGGGUGAACAGGGUGUCCCAAUUUAGGAUCAGAUUCUAUGCAUGCAAACCAGUCACGGGUGCACUAUAAAUAAAUUGUGAUUUUCCUAUAGCAAAGGCCAAUGAGAUCUUUUGGGGACUAAAUUACUAGAUGAAUUAUCUCAACGUCUUGUCCGCUCUUGUCCAUGGGCCGCGUCUGGUAUUGCACUCCUACCCCUUUCCUCCUAAAUUUUGAUCUGUUUUUGAACAGUUUAGAUGCUUGCUUCAAUAAAGAUGGCCAGAGAACCUAUAGACAAGCAGCAAUAAACAGUAUAUAUGUAUACUCUGCCCACUGCAUGCCUUCUCCCAAUGAAUCACCAUGCACUAAACACAGUGUUUCACUGUCCCAAGCAAUAGUAUUUUGAGCUUUAUAUAACUUCUGCUGUGUCAUUAAGGUGAUUUUUAUGUAUAUAUCCUGAUAUUUGGUAUUGAAUCUAUAUAUAUACGGUUGUCUUUUUUUCCUCUAUUUUAUGUAGGGUUUAUGUUUGCACAGUUUCGGACCCAUGCUCAUAGAGAAGCAUAGAGGCCGUGAUGGAGUAGACUUAGUCUUCAUUGUAGAAAAUGAACGGAGUAUGUGCUUCUCUUGUCCACGCUGUGCGGACACUUCAGAAGUUUCUUCUUUAACUUAACUUUCUUAUUAUUUCUAAUAAAAUAUUUUGCAAGCCUUAU